AUGGCUAUGAAUGUCAUCACAAAAAAAAGUCCAACAACAACUGCUGCUACUUCACGCACACCUUAUCUUUCAAUGAUGACAUCUAACGUAACCAGUAAUAAUAAUAAUAUAAAACGGCGUGAAACUUCAAUCGGUGAAGAUUCAGGUGUUCAUACAGAUCACGAUAGCGCAGGAAAAACUUAUCGUCCAACAAUAACUAGUUCAACAAAUAUUAUUCCUCCUUUAUCAUCAUCAUUAAGUUCAAAAUCAAUUGAUAUAACGACGGCGCCUAAUCCACGUUCGGGGACUAUUUCAACUAAUACGAUGGUCACAUCAUCGACACUUCUUUCUCCUACUAUUGAUACUAAACUAUCAUCAUCAUCAACAACACCAUCACCAUCAUCAUCAACAACAACACUUAUAUCUCGUAAAGAUUCGAAUGUAUCAACAUCAGGUGCUUUUUCUGAACCAUCAAGAUCAUUUGGUCAAGAAGAAAAUUCGUCCGAUUCAUUAUUUAGUCAUACAUCACCAUCAUCACAUUAUGUUAUUAAAUGUAAUGUAAAUCCACAAUCUACAAAAUCAACAUCACCUAUGCCAUUAACACCACGUGUUAAAGUAACUGUACAACAACCAUCUAUAACAACAGUACCAUCACGUUCGGAUACAUCAUUUGAUAAUGUUGUAUCAUCAUUAUCACAUUUAAAAACUCCGACAUCGAAUGUAUUACCUAUUAUGACAACAAGUACAGCAUCGAGUGCACCUGAAUUUUCUUUAAGUAAUGCAUCAAGUGUUGAAGAUUCAGAUGAAUUAAUAUCAUAUGAUCAAUAUUUAUCACCACAUGGAAGACAAUCAAAUCCUUCACCUGAACUUCGUAAAAAAACAUUUGAUGAUUGGACUAAAUUAGAACAAAGAUAUUUACCACGUAGUAAAAGUGAAAUAAAUACACUACCAACAGAACAAGCUCACCAACAAAUAACUACUAGUCAAAUAAAACCGGAAGCAACAUCAUAUGUUAGUGAAGAUGACGAUUCAAAUAGUCGUAUAUCAGCUUCAAGUAAUUCAUCAGACAUGGUAAAAAAGAAAAAAUCUAAAGCAGCAACAAUAGCAAAAGAUUUUAAAUCUCGUGCAGCAAAUUUAAUUCGUCGUCGUACAACAGAAGCAACUUUAUCUGAAAAAAGUCUUAUACCAACACGUGAAGAUGUUCUAUCAUGGGAACAAUCAUUUGAUGCUCUUCUAAGACAUCGAUAUGGACAAGCCUUAUUUCGUGCUUUUUUACGUACUGAAUUUAGUGAAGAAAAUUUAGAAUUUUGGCUUGCUUGUGAUGAAUUUCGUUUAUGUAAAGAACCAAAACGAUCAGCAAAAGCUAAAAAAAUUUAUAUGGAUUUUAUUGCUAUUGGUGCCCCAAAGCAGGUGAAUCUUGAUACAGAAACACGUAUGUCAACUAUAGCAAAUAUUGAUAAUCCACCAUUGGAUACAUUCGAUCGAGCUCAAAGACGUAUUCAAGGUUUAAUGGAAAAAGAUUCUUAUCAACGUUUUCUUAAAUCUGAAUUAUAUAUUAAUUUAUUACGUCGUACAUCAUAUCCUUCUCAACGACGAACAACAACAGAAAUAUCAUCAAAAUCAUCUUGA